AGAUAGAUAGAUAUAAAUAGAUAAAUAAAUAAAUGAAAUUGUUUUAUUGGUCUUCUUUUUUUCCCUUUCAGAAUACUGAACCCUUAGUUAGACCUUCAGCCUUUAAGCCAGUUGUUCCUAAAAACUUCCAUUCCAUGCAAAACCUGUGUCCAGUGCAGAGCAACGGCGUCACCACCGAGAACCGAAAGACUUUAAACCACACGCACAGCAAUAGUCCUGCGCCGGUCAAAAGCGGCCUGGAGAAGGCCAGCCUUAACAGGACUACCAACCCAGAGAGAGUCGGUCUUUCCGAUUCUGGCCGCAACUCUUUAACCAGCUUGCCCACGUACGGCACGGGCUACAGCCAGCACGUGGCUCCCAUGAGCGCCUCCACCAGUCACAUCAACCGCAUCGGGACCACCUACGGCGAGAAGAACGUCGUGGGAUACAACGGGAUAUCUACCUCAGACAGCGGCCGGUCUUCCACGAAGAGCACCUCUUCCUUCAGCCGACUCAAUCAUCUCAACGAAACGAUGCCUUUCCACUCGCCUUCCACGGACGACAUCAUCCAAGACCUGGAAAACCGCCUGUGGGAGAAGGAGCAGGAAGUCCUCCAGAUGAGGAGGAACCUGGACAAGAGCGAGGCGGCCAUCUACCAGGUCUUUGAGGAGAAGCAGAAGAUUUGGGAACGGGAGAUGGACGAGCUGAGGCAGAACUACGCCAACAAGCUCCAGCAGGUCUCCAAGAAAGCCCAGCGAGCUCAACAAGCCCUCCAGCUCCAGAUCUUCAAGCUCCAGCAGGAGAAGAAGAAGCUCCAAGAUGACGUCGCUCAACUCCUUCAACAGCGGGAAGAGCUGGAGAAGAAGUUUGUGGCUUUCAAAAAAGAGCAGGCCGAGUUUCUUCCCAAGAUCGAAGAGACCAAGUGGGAGGUGUGCCAGAAGGCAGGUGAGAUCUCCCUGCUGAAGCAGCAGCUGAAGGACUCUCAGGCCGACGUGUCCCAAAAGCUGAACGAGAUCGUCGGGCUGCGUACCCAGCUGAAAGAAGGCAAGGGCUUCCUCCGAGACAAAGACGAGCAGAUCCUGACCCUGAAGGACUCCUACAGCACCAAAAGCGUCAGCCUGGACUUCUGCGAGAACGAGCUGCAGCUCAAGAUGGCCGAGGUCCAGAUGUUGAGGGAGAAGCUCGGCCAGUGCGAGCUGGAGGUCUCCAACCUGAAGCAGACCUUGGCUCACCUGGGGGGACCCCAGAACCACGCCCUUCCGGAGCUCCCCGAGAAGCUCGCGAGGGACCCCCUGGCCUGCGAGAGCGACGAGGCCAAGGUGAAGCGGCAGAGCGAGGAGAACCUCAACGCCUUGAGGAGAGAGGUGGAGAGGCUCCAGGCGGAGUUGAAAGCGGAGCGCCAGUUCCGGGAGCAGCAGGUCUUGGACUUCGAGGAGGAACGUUGCACGUGGCAGGAGGAGAAGGAGAAGGUCAUCAAGUACCAGAAGCAGCUGCAGUUGAACUAUGUGGAGAUGUAUCAGAAGAACCAACUCCUGGAGCACAAGGUCAACGAGAUGGCCAACAAGGCCACCGGUCUCUCCCACCCAGACGAGAAGAAAACAUGGACUCCAUCCAGACUGGAAAGGAUAGAGUCGACGGAGAUCUAAGGACCAAGGCAUUUCGAGUACAAUUUGUUCUUUUUCCCAAUUAUGGUGCCUGUAAUUUCAGCUGGAGAUCUUCCCAAGUAGAAUAUGUGACAUAACCAGCAGCAUAAAUCUUUUGCACUUGGCCCCCACAGAUAUACUCUGGUGCUCUACAAAUUACUUUUAUGGGGAGAGGGGCGUGGGGGGAGGUGGGGAAAGCCACAGGUGUACUUUUCUGUUCCAGGGAGGGUUUGACAUCAGGAGUUCUUGAGUGUGCUGUUGUGUAGGCUUUUUAGUUGACCUGGUUUCAGUUAUGACUCCCAUUAGCCAAUGUACCACAACCUCUGCUCCCUUCUCAAGUUCUUCAUAUGACAUGCUUAGCCACGAGCUUGGCUGUUUCCUUGCAGACCCAACUAGGUAACGUCAUCCAUGCUGGAAGAGAGUGGGGUUGGUGGAGAGGAGGAGGAUUGUGGGCUCCUUGGUGUUAGUUGAUAUGGUUUCUGUUAUGACACCAUUAGCCAAUGUAUUACAACCUCUGCUCCCUUCUCAAAUUCUUCGUGUGACAUGCUUCUCCGCGAGCUUGGCUGUUUCCUUGCAGACGUUUCGUGACCCAACUCGGUAACGUCAUCAGUGCUGGAAGAGAGCGGGUUUUG